UUGACACAUAAUACAAAAAUUAUUUGGUUUAAAAAAAAAAAAAAGUGCAUCCCACGAGCUUCAUCUAGUGAGGUAUAAAGCUUGGAUAAUUGCUGAAUAGUCAAAAGGUUAGCUUAUUAAAAUAAGAUCGUGCAAAGAUUGAAUUAUUUUAUGUAAAAAGAUAUUAAAUGUAAUUAAAGGGGAGGGUACUAGAUCUUUCCAACUCCACCGGACACCAGAUCCAAAACCGAGCCGAGCGAGCCUGCUGGCAGCACCAUCAUCUCUCAUUCUCCUCUCGGACAUUCAACUUACAAUUACGUCUACGACAGUACGACGCCACCACUUUUUGGCGCAAACACUCUUUUUCAAGUUUUAACUAAAGGAAUAAAAUAAACCUCACUCUUAUUUUUUGACCGUUACGCUAAUCAAUUUUGUGGCUCUCACUCUCUCACCUCCAUUGUCAGCCAUGACUGCUGCUUCCUUACACCUCCGUUUCCUUCACUAUCCAUUUUCUCUCUCCUCCAAACUCCAACGCAAUCGAUCGAUCACAGUUUCUAAACUUCCUCGAUUUCAACUUCAACCUCUUUUUCCCUCUACUAAAAUUAGGGUUUUUGGCUCCGAUUUUGGGAAUUUUAGAGCGCGAAAUUGCACUCUGUAUUGUUCUUGCAAAUCGAAUUUGCACGUUGACAAGGUCGAGAUUGUGGAGGAAAUAGAGCGUCCUGCGUUUGAUAUUAAUCUUGCGGUCAUAUUAGCCGGUUUCGCUUUCGAAGCUUAUACUUCUCCUCCUGAUAAUGUUGGACGACGAGAAACCGAUGCUGCUGGUUGUACGACGGUUUAUCUUUCCGAAUCAUUUGUUCGAGAAAUAUAUGAUGGACAGUUGUUCAUAAAGUUGAAGGAAGGCUAUAAUUUACCAGCCAUGGAUCCAUGGGGAACUAGCGAUCCAUAUGUUGUCAUGGAAUUUGAUGGUCAAGUGCUCAAGAGCAAAACAAAAUGGGGCACAAAAGAUCCAACAUGGAACGAAGAAUUUGUUGUGAAUAUCAAGCUUUCAUCCAAUGCAUUUCUUCAGGUGGCAGCUUGGGAUGCAAAUCUUGUCACUCCACACAAGCGUAUGGGAAAUGCAGGCGUUGAUCUAGAAGCUUUAUGUGAUGGAAAUUCACAUGAGUUGCUGUUGGAAUUGGAAGGCAUGGGAGGUGGUGGAAAGAUACAAUUAGAGGUCAAAUAUAGGAGUUUUGGUGAAAUUGAUGAAGAUAAAAAGUGGUGGCAGAUACCUUUUGUUUCUGAAUUUCUUAGUCAAAAGGGUGUUGAUUCAGCUAUAAAAAUGCUUGCUGGAUCUGAAAGUGUGCCAGUACGCCAGUUUGUACAAUUUGCUUUUGGUCAGUUAAAAUCAUUGAAUGAUUCAUACUUGCAUCAAGAUUGGUUAUCAAGUAUUGUUAAGCAUGAGGCAGCUGAAGGGUCAAGUGAAUCUUCUGGUGAGUCUGAUGCACCACCAUCAUCAAACAACCUCUCUGAAGGAUCCUUGGAAAGUCCAAAAUCCAGUGAUGCAGACUAUGCGGAGGAUUUUUCAUCAAAUGAUACUAGUGAUACUACACAAUCAAACAUAGAUUUUUGGAGAAGUUUUGCUGAUGUUAUUAAUCAAAUUGUGAUUCAGAAAGUAGGGAUCCCUAUUCCUGAUAAAAUGAAAUGGGAUGGUUUUGACUUAAUAAAAAAUAUUGGCUUUCAGUCACAGCAAGUGGCAGAAGCGGGCUAUAUUGAAUCUGGGCUUGCAACUCCAGAAAAGGACUCUAGUAAUGAUACUGGUGCGGAUUUUAGCCCACUUAACAUUGGCAAGAUCCAGUCUUCACUUCCUGAUAUUAGGAAGGCAACUGAGGACAUAUUGAAGCAAACUGAUUCUAUUUUCAGUGCACUUAUGAUUUUGUCUGCUGCUAGCCCUCAAUUAAAGAAGGAAUCGCUGAAUGGGGAGCAUUCUGAAGAUAAAAAAGACGGUUUAUCAAAACAGAAUGAUGAUAUCUUAGCUUCUUUGAAGAAUGACGGGCUUGCGGGUUUGGAUGAAAAGAGAGCUGAAGAGACAAGGGCCCUUUUUUCAACUGCUGAAAGUGCCAUGGAAGCUUGGGCUAUGCUCGCCACUGCAUUAGGCAAGCCAAGUUUAAUUAAAUCAGAUUUUGAGAAGCUCUGUUUUUUGGACAAUUCAACUACAGAUACACAGGUAGCAAUUUGGCGUGAUUGUAUGAGGAAAAGAUUAGUUGUUGCAUUCAGGGGUACUGAACAAGCAAGAUGGAAGGACUUGCGGACUGAUCUAAUGCUAGCUCCUGCUGGGUUAAAUCCUGAAAGAAUUGGUGGAGAUUUCAAGGAAGAAGUUCAGGUUCAUAGCGGAUUUCUGAGUGCAUAUGAUUCUGUUAGAACCAGAAUUAUGGCUCUUAUCAAGAAAGCUGUUGGUAUCAUGGAUGAUGAUGAACAACCACAACAUAAAUGGCAUAUUUAUUGCACUGGUCAUAGUCUUGGUGGUGCUUUAGCAACUUUACUUUCUCUCGAGCUUAGUUCAACUCAAUUAGCAAAAAACGGGGCUAUAACUGUUACUAUGUACAACUUUGGAUCUCCUAGAGUCGGAAAUAAAAGAUUUGCAGAAGCUUACAAUGAGAGAGUGAAAGAUAGCUGGAGGGUGGUGAACCACAGAGACAUUAUACCAACUGUCCCUCGCUUGAUGGGUUAUUGUCAUGUGGCUCAGCCUAUAAAUUUGACUGCUGGAAAUCAGGAGAAUGCUCCAGAACAUGUCAAGCUUUCUGGUGAUGGUUAUCAAGGAGAUGUGAUUGGGGAAGCAACACCUGAUGUUUUAGUCAGGGAAUUUAUGAAAGGUGAGAAAGAAUUAGUAGACAGAAUACUGCAGACUGAGAUAAAUAUAUUCCGGGCCAUUAGAGAUGGAAGCGCAUUGAUGCAACAUAUGGAGGAUUUCUAUUAUAUCUCAUUGCUGGAGAGUGUAAAGUCAAAUUAUCAGACUGCUACUGUGGCUGUGAAGAAGAAAGGAGACGAUUUAUCUGUCAGCUGAAACAUGAAAUCUCAUAAAUUGACAUUGGAUUUUCCACUUUGCUAUCUAGAAUAUUGGUAUUUAGAAUUUAUUCUAAAAUACACCGGAGCAGGAAGAGCAAGAGGGGUCAUAUCUAUGCGAUUUUAUAAAAGAACAAAAGAAGUUGUGUAUAUGUGCUGUUUGGCUGUACAUGGUUCUUGGCUAUCCAAAUAUCAGAAUAUGGUCCUGUUAGCAGCAGCUACCCAGUAAAUGCUUUUUUACUGGAGCUGCUCUCCUACAAUCUUUGUGUGGAUGUUGUUCCUCCUUUGUCUCACAUCUCAACUUUCUCUAGCAUUUGACAUUCAGUACUGUCCGUCUAUCCUCCUUAUUUCUGCUCUGUAAAUAUACUUCUUGAUGUAUAAUUGCUCAACUUAAGAUUUUUGUA